AUGUCUAAUAUAAGAUGGGUACAUAGGAAAGAUAAGGAUAAUGAAAAAAGAGUAAUUUCCUUAAACGAAAUAAAAGAAAGAUAUUUAGUUGAUAAUUCGAAAAAUCACAAUUUAAAGAAGAAUAAAAAUAAUUGUGAGAAGAAAAAAUGUAACAUCAAAUUUUACGAAAAAAAAAAAAAUGGGAAGCCAAAAGAAGAGAUAAUUUUCCAAAAUGGCUAUCCAAAAAAAAAAAAUAUAAACAUAAUCCUGAAUAAAAAAAAUCAUGAAUUAGAUUAUAAAAGUGAAGAAAAAAAUGAUAGAAAUUAUAGUUCUGAAAUUUCAAAGAAAAUAAACGGAAGAAAUAAUCUACAAGAAGGAUAUAGAAAUUAUCUUUAUCAUAACAAUGAUAAAAGAGAUUACUCCUCAAAUAAAGAAUUAAAUAUGGACAAAGUAAAUAUAAAUUUGGAUAUUACAGUUCAAUGGGAUAACAAAUGUAAUAAUAAUAAUAAUAAUAUAUCAUAUAUAAAAAAUGAACUUAUAACAAGUGAUGUUCAUUCAGAUAAUCCUUUAAUUAUGUAUGAACAAAAUGAUGAUAAUAAAUAUAUUAAAAGUAAUUAUUAUUAUAAACCCAAUAAUCCAAGCAUAUUAAAUUAUGAAAAUAAGGUUGACUUUGAUUACAAUAAUACAUAUAAAUAUUAUGAUGAUGAUAAAAGAAUAGAAUAUAAUAUGGAAGAGGAAGAUCAAAUAAGAAAGCAAUACAUAUAUAAUAAUACUAAAUAUGAAAGAAAAGAAAAUCAUAAAUCUUAUAGUGAACAAUCCUUGAAGGAUAAUAAUGAAAUGAUAGAAAAUAUCAAGAAAAAUAAUUUUAAUAAUAAAAAAUAUAAAAAUGUUUUAUAUAAUAAUGCAUUAGAUGAAAAGGAUAUAAAUCCUUUUAUCAAAAACAACACAUAUAAUAUUAAUCAAAGAGAAGAUGUUUUAAAAAAGAAUAAAAAAAAAAAUAAUAUUAUCAUUUCAUCUAAUAAAUCAUCUUAUACAAAUAAUGAGAAUAGUCAUACACAUUGUUAUGAUUAUAAUAAUAUGUAUGUUCAAAAUAGAAGAGGACCUGAUAUAUUUAUAUCAAAUUAUGAAUAUAAGGAGAAAUUAAUUUCAUUUUCUUUUUUGUUAAAUAAAAUUUUACAAGAAAAAAUAUGUGAUUAUUUUGUUAUUGUAAUAAAAAUAUAUUGGUUACAAAAAAGGCAGAAGCCAAUAUAUAAAAAAUAUAAUAAGGUUAAGGAACAACCAAAUGAUAUUUUUAUAAAUGAAGAUAAUCAUAUGUAUAUUAAAAAAACAAAAAACAAAAAUAAUGAUAGUAUAACAAAAAGGACAUUACAACAAGAUGUUCAUAAAAAAAGAUUAAGUAAUGAUAACUGUAGCAACAAAUUUAUAGACAAAUUUACACAUUUUGAAAUGGAAAAAAAUACAUAUAAAAAGACUGUUUUAAAUAACACUUUAAUUGAUAGUUUUAAUGACGUAGAUAUUAACGAUCAAAAGAGGAAAAAAAAAUACUUGAAUUUUUUUGUAAUCUUGCUCUCAUUAUUUUUAAAAAAGUAUAUUUAUAAACAAAUGUCCAAAUUCUUCUUUAUCGUUGGAUCACUUCGCCAGAAAUAUGAAGAAAAGAGACAAAUUAGAAAAUAUAUCAAUAUAAAAAUUUAUGCACUUUCCUUAUUGGAAAGAAUAUUAUAUAGAAAGAAAAAAGAAAUUUUGCAGUUAUGUUUUGUAGGAUGGAAAAAAACUAAUGUGUCCAUUAUAAUAAAAAAAGAGAAUAAUGAAGAAGAUCAAUUGAAAAGUACUUUCUUUACAGAAAAUAUAAAAAGUAAAAUAUGCAAGUCAAAAAAGUAUUUAGAAAAUAAAUGUUUUGGUAAACCUAAAUUAUAUAGAACUGACGAUUUUAUAAUAUUUUAUAAUAGAAAAGCUCUUAAAGAAAAAGAUGAAAUAUUUCAAAAAUGCUUAUUAAGAUCUAAAUCAGAUUCUUUGUUAGACUUUUUAAAAAUGUCUAAAUUGAAGAAAAUAUGGAGGAGUUCUUCCAAUAAUAUUUCAGAUACAAUGAAUUUAAAUACGAGAGGUUCAACUUUACUCGAGCAUUUUUUCACGGCUACGUAUAAUAUAAAUAAUACUAGUUUUCAUAAAGAUAUAAAUAAAAGCCGAAUAAAUAUAUCAUAUUAUGAAAAUAUGCAUGUCUCAACUAAUUUUUUAACUAAUAAUGAAUAUAAUAAUAAUACAAAGGAAAAUACAAAAGGGAAUAAUAAUAUAAAGAAAAAUGAUAAAAACUCAAAAAAGAAACAAAAUAAUAUAUCAAAUGAAAAAGUGUCAAAUACUUUUCAACAAAAUGUAAAGGGAAAUAAAAAUUUAUUAAAAAACUUUUUUCCCGAAGAAUAUAAAGAAAAAAAAAAAUCUAUUGAUGAAGAUAUAAAUGAUAAAAAUUGUAGAAUAUUUUUCAAGAAUAUUAAAAAGCAAUUAAAAAUAAAUUACAAAGAAAAAUUUGAUAUCCAUAAAAAAAAAAAUGAUGAUGAUUUAAGUGUAAGUGAUUUGAACAGUACUAUGGGUUUCUCAAAAAAUAUUAAUUCCUAUAUAUAUGAUGAUACUCAAAGAAACUCUCAAGAUGGUCUUGUUCCCACUUUGAAUUUUUUAACGCAAUCGGAUUUAAAUAUAAUAAAUAAUUUGACUCAAAAUUUUAGUAAAUAA